AUGUUUAUUCUGACAACCCUCUCCGACCUGGUCCAAAUUUCCCCCGAAGACUUUUCAAAACUCAGCGCCGUUGCAAUCGAGGAUAAUAUUAAUGAGAAGUAUGCAAAUAAGGUCAUCCAAAAUGUUGGCCUCUGCAUCGGAUUCUACGACUUGCUAGAGUCCUCUGAUGGCCUGAUUGGACAUGGCACCGGCCUUGUCAAUGUUAAUGUUAAAUUCCGAUUAAUCGUCUUCCGGCCCUUCAAGGGCGAGGUUAUCCUGGGGAAAAUCACCAGUGGAACCGAGAACGGUAUCAAAAUUAGCGUUGAAUUCUUUAACGAUAUCUUCAUACCUCCCAGUCUAUUACUUGAUGGUGCUAGAUUCGACUUCGCCGACCAAGUCUGGAUUUGGGAUAACGGUGAGGGUGCAAUUUUCUACUUUGAUAUUGGCGAAACGGUGCGCUUUCGAGUUGAGGCGGAGGAGUGGCAUGAUCAGGUCCCAGACGCGCCUGAUGACCAGGAUGGUAUGGCAGUGAUGGAGAGGAAGCCGCCUUAUUCAAUCAUUGGAUCCAUGCAGAUUGCGGGUCUGGGGCUAGUUGCAUGGGGUCCUAAGGUUCCAAGUCUGGUGCCCAUUGGCACCGGGCGAGCCGUCGUCCCCAAGCACUAUCUCCGCCGUCAAUUUCCCAAUAUCCGCCAACGCCUGGACCUUCGCGCGAAGCGGCGUCACAUCAACGACGCCAAACGCAGAGUCGAGCAGGAAACUCGUAAUCAUCCCCGUCGACACCACGGUCCACUUCGUCUGUUCCUGGGCGCGCAGCAGCUAGCGAACAUCCAGCUGCUCGUCGAACAGCUCGUGCGCGGAACUGCGGCCGAUGGUGUCGUAGUCCACGCCAAACUGCCAGGGGAUGUCCUAGGGCCGCCCUCACCAUUGAUCCUUAUCAUGAGCGAGGCUCGUUUCGGCUCGUUCCGAUUGCCGCUCAAGGGAUGGUGGCCCCUCGCCGCCUCAACCAAACGUCAAUCUGAUGGAGGCGCAAGGUUGGUUCAUUGCUGGGUAAUCCCUGGAGACGGUCGAUCAGACUGUGCCUCGAGAGUUUACGAUAUCUUCACGACGAGACGGUCAACAUAUACUCUCACCUUGUGCCAGCCGGAAUCGCCGUCAUCAGCAACGGCGUCUACUUCCGCAAUCGCUACCCAACUGCCUCCUGGGAAGACCAUGGUGAGGCCCCGGUUCCAGAGCUCUAAAUGGAGAAAAUUGCGGCUCUCCACUUUUGUUGCAACCAGCCUCUCAGCACUCGCGCCCAUGAUCCACGCCGCCAUCAUCUUCCCAUACGCCCAGUGGAACCAGCAGGUGGGUCUGGGCUACUACCUCCUCGAGGGUAUGGUAAUAAUUAUCGGGACAAUCUUCUAUGCCGAUAGAGCUGUUGUAGUCACAAGGCUAGUCCAAGUUGUUACCAGUUGCAUAAACUUCAUGAUAAGCGCAAGUCCUGCUUUAUCCGCGAUCAGAUCCACGAAUUUCGCAUGUUGUUGCAGUAGAUUAUUAGCCAGAGAACUUCUUUGCAGCACAAAUUGCACCGCCGCAGUAUUGACUAGCCCUCCAAACUACUUCAAAUUCGCCUCGACCAAUCUCCUCAAAGAUUUUGUAGCCAUUAUGCAAUCCCGCCCGCUGGGACGGUGUUCAGGUGCUUGCCGCAGAGGACAAGAUAAGCUGUCUAAGUCCGGGUACGGUCUGGCCGAAAGCACCCGCCCCUGGCGUCCACCGACUCGACGGUUCGGCCUCGCGUUCGCCCUCUACAGAACCAAAUUCAAGGCAUGGGUGUUCAACCGCUCGGUUCCCCACAGCUCUGCCAGCCUCGAAGUUCACAAAGACUCAGGAAAAUUCAUUCAAAUGAUCGUGGGCUAUGCGAUGAUGAGCGCCGAAGAACUGGGACUCGAUGUCUCCAGGACACAUUUGUCAUAUUUUACAUCACAACAGCCAAGGCCGGAGCGCAGUGAGAAACAGCGCUUGAUCUCCGACCAGAGCAAGCGCUCCUCCAUCAUGCCCAAAAGCUCGGACUCCGUAUACCGUGAUCGUUGCGUGGAGGCAAGGCUAGCGGCGUUGGGCGGUUAG